AUGCCAACCCUUGAUUACCAAGGUUCUAACGCCGACGUUGAUGAAAUUAAUCGAAGAAAUCAAGAGUUUGUAGACACCAAUGAGUUCUCUAAUAAAAAUAGAGAUUUCAUUGCAUCUCGUGGAGAGGCAAUGGAUACUUCACAAACGAAGCCUGAUCAAUCAUGUGAUGAACAUGGUGCUAUUGAUAAUAUCGAUUCUUCCCGAAACGGCACAAUGGACCUUCAUAAAAGUCUUGAUAUGAACGAAACUUUUGAUGAAGACAAUGGCAUUCAGUCAGAUGCUCUCGGAGAAGGCAUGUCUCAAGAAGAUUUGGAUAAAGAACGGGAAGCCCUUACAUAUCUUCGUCGAUUAUCCAUGCAGGGUACAGACGAUCCAGAUCUUCAUACAGAUUGGUCUGUCAUGAUGUCUCCUCCGGAGUCAGAGUCAGAUGCAUCUACUUUAUUUUGGGUUCCAGCAGAUUUACAUCCGGAAGUAAACCCCAAUGGUUGGAAAGACUUUCUAGAUUUACAAGUCAAGAAUUUAAAGCACCCGAAGCAAAUGGACACCAAUGCCACUCCCCUGCAGCAUAUACGCUCUUUGCGAAGAAGGAGUUCGUUGUUGUCUCGCCAGGUCAAAGCUGACGAUGCUGCUCAGAAUUAUCAGGAUGGUAGUCCAAUUAUCGAAAAGAAGAACAUCCAGCGGGGUAAGUCUCUUCACUUACAAGACUUGGAACACUUGGAGUCUUUAGCCAGAAAUCCCAAGAAAAUGGAAAGUCUUGUUGAUAGUAUGAGGUCAGAACCUCCUGAAGAUAGCCCAAUUCUGGUGUCACCGAACCAAUUUUUACAGCGUUCUUCUCGUACUACAAUCCGACGGUCUGGAGCCUCGAUCAAAACUAUAAAUCGUGGAAAAGCCUCCACUUUACUAGGUAAUAGAUCUCCUUUUGCCAUGAAUAAGGAUGGCCUGUCUCGUUCUCUCAGUGUUCUCAGACCCUCCUCUUCUAUGUCUCGCCGAGAUGAGCAAAAGGUAGAGGCUCCAUCGACGCCACCUUUAUCAAAAUCUUUACAAGACAAUGCUGAAGUGAAACAAAACAACAGUGAUUUGAAAUAUAUUGACUCAGCGACAGAUUCCGAUGUAGUUGGGCAGAUGCCCGAUUCCAAGACUCAAGAUAAAGUGGAUGACAUUAGUAAGGAAGGUGAAGACCUAGUUUCUUCACCUGAACAGCUUCCUGAAUUCAAUAAAUCUCAACAAAACGAAAUCGCAUCUCAGACCAAAAAAACAAAGGAUAGUGAGAUAGAACAAGACGAUUUUGUCUCACCGUCCUUGCAUCCAUCUCCUGGAUCCAAAUCCGACGAAAUUGUGCAAACGAAUCCUACACCUGCGAAGGACAAGUUUGAAGAAAAUCAAAUGGAAGUCGGAAAACCUUCAGAGUCUACAGAAAAGGAAAAAAGUGAUCCGGUGCCUAAGCAACCUACCACCGCAAACCAUAAACCACCAUCUUCACCGGAAACUAAGAAAUUAAAAAAACCUUGGGGCCGUCUGUUCACUUCAAAUGAUCAUGAAAAGGAUCAAAAGAAAGAUAAGACAAAAAAGAAAGGUGAAGAACAAUCCGCAUCUCAAUCUUCACCAGGUAAAGAUGGCAUCUUUGGGUCACUUUUCAGUUCAAAAAAAAAAUCAGCAGAAACUAGUAGUGAGAAGCCUAUUACAAACCUCCGACCUAUUUCUCGUCGUCCAGCAAUACCAAAGGAAGAGCGCAUUAACGACCAGGAAGCUCCAAGCACCUUACUCAACACUGCAGCAAACAUUCCUAAUGCUGACAAGUCGGACAAGCCCGAGGAUUUCAUACCGGAUAAAGAUUAUUAUUGGUCCCGAUUCCCUAUUUGUACAGAAAGAGCUAUAUACCGGUUGUCACACAUUAAGUUGUCAAAUGCCCAACGGCCUUUAGUUCAGCAAGUGUUGCUAAGUAAUUUUAUGUACUCUUACUUGGAUUUGAUUUCUCGAAUUAGUGCAACUCGUAACAGAAUUCAGAAUAAUCCCAGACCAAGUGGUCCCCGACGUUCUGAAUUUUCAGCCGAAAACGUGAAAAAUGAGUUGGAAAAUUUGAGUUAUCAUUUUGGUGACCAAAGAAGGCGAUCCGUAAAUAGGAAAAAACCCCCUCUUCAGCAUACUUCAAAAAAAGGUCUUAAGUCCGGUUAA